CCGCGGGGGCGGGGCUUCUCUUUCCCUGUCGCUCACCCGCACAACUCGUUCGCCUUCGGCCCGGCAGCUGGAGCAGGAGAGGACGGGGCCGCCGCCCGGGGCUGACGGCAGACAUCGCUCGCGGCUCGUGCCUGUGUGUGCGCGCGCGCGCGUGUGUGUGUGUGCCGCCGGCGGCGCGCGGUUGGUUGCGUGGGCCGGGGGAGGCGAGGGCUGAGCGGGCGCCCCGCGCGGGCGGGCAGGCGGCAGGAGCGGGGCUCCAGCGCAGGCACCGGCCGCUCGGCUCGCUCCCCUCCGCCGCCGGCCGCCUGCGGAGCCGGCGAUGGGGAAGAGUUAGCUCUGUCGCUGCGCUCCAGCGGCCGGAGAGAGGGCUGGGCUGGGCCGGCGGCGCGGCGUCCCCGCCGGGGUUGGUGCGGGGGACCUGCCUGCCCUCCCGCCGGGAAGCGGCUGAUUGACUGACGGACCGACCGACCGGCCGCGGCGGGGGGCGCGCGCCUGUGUGGUCCCGUCCCUCGCCGCCUCCCCCGGCUCCUGCCGCGGGCGGCCGCCGCUGCGGUGGUUACCGCCUCCCCCUGAAGAUGAAGAGGUGGCAGCUGCUGCUUCUGGGUCUGGCUGCUGGGGAGAAACCUGGAUAGAGGCUCCAAAAAAAAAGGGGGGGAGAGGAGAGAAAGUCGCCACUCUCCGGCUGGCGGCGGGGGAGCUGGGCGUUUUUCCUCACCUUGCUCCGGGCAAAAGCACAGCGAAACUAGGGACGCCGGCGGGAAGCCGCUCCUCUGCGCCGAGGGGAGGGGGCAGGAUGCGGGGGGGGGGCCCGGCACCGCCGCGGGCCGUGGGCGAGAGCCUGCGCCGCGGCGGCGUGCGUCCGCCCGCGGCGGCCCUGAGGCGGGCGGCGAGGAUGGUGAAGGGAGGGAGAAGUCCCGGCAGAGAUCUCCCACCGGCGGCGAAGCCUCCUUCUCCUCUCUCCUCUCCUCUCCCCUCCCUUCCGCACGGCCGCCCGCCCCGCGGGGCUGAGGCGCUGGGGAGCAUGAGGCGGCGGCGGGGACCUGUUGUGUAGGGGGAGGCGGGGGUUAAGCGCGGCGGCGGCGCCGCCCGGGGCGCGGGGCGUGAGGCGGGGAGGGAGGAUGAGGAGCUGCUCCCCAGGCGCUGGUGUCUGUCGGGGACCGGCCCUGCCCCGGGCUGCCUCGGGCUCGGGAGAAUCCCCUUCGGUGGAGUCGUGACCGGGGAGAAGGGCCCGCGGGGAGCGGUGCGCCCGCAGGUCUGCGCCGAGCGGCGGCCGCUUCCCGCUGAAUUGCGGCUUCAGGAAGAAGAGAGCUUGAAGUGUUUCUCGGAAGCUGGAGUUGCAGCCUGGUUUCUUUCUUGCUUUUUAUAUAUAUAUAUAUAUUUUUUUUUUUUUGCUUAAUGAUUUAUUACGCGUGUCUCUUGAGGGAACGUUUUAGAAACGGUCAUUUUUAGCGGUGAAAUCUGCUGCGCAAAGGAGGAUUAUAACAAAUCUCUAUGAAUGAUAGACUCGAUUGCUAAACCUUGCCUUGACCAACCUUCUGACCCUCGGAGAGAUUUCUCAGGGUGUGCGUGGGAAGGAAAAAAAAAACAAACCAACCCUCCCAUUCGAAAAUAAACUUGAAAAAAAAGACUAAAUUUUUUUGGACAGCCUAACUGCUUUAUAAUUACUUUUUUGGGGGUCUUGUUUUAUGAUAAGUUGUCUUAAAAGGGAUUGUCCUACAUGGUUGUUUUGUAACUGGUGGAGGAAGGAAGGAAGGAUCCCUCUCAAGCAUUUCUGAUAUGACAGCUUUGGUUUCUGAAGAGUUAACUGGUGUUUGCAUUAUACACCUAUUGCUAGUCUGGUAGCAGACUUUUCACCUUUUUAUUUGUUUUUUUUAUUAACUGGGGCUGGUGGAGAGGGUUAUCUUGGUCAGAAGAAUAUUUGCACAUAUAUAUUGUAUAUAUUUUUGGUGGGGUUCUCCCCACAUUUUACUCUCUCUUGAUGACUCCUGGAGGUGGUAGUGGGCCCAUGAAAGACUGUGAAUACAGUCAGAUCAGCACACACAGCUCUUCGUCUCCCAUGGAGUCUCCCCAUAAGAAAAAGAAAUCAGCUCCCAAGAGAAAAUGGGAGGUUUUUCCUGGAAGAAACAAAUUCUUCUGCAAUGGGAGGAUCAUGAUGGCUCGACAGACUGGAGUCUUCUACCUGACUCUUGUUCUCAUCUUGGUCACCAGUGGACUCUUCUUUGCAUUUGAUUGUCCAUAUUUGUCGGAGAAGAUUACACCUGCUAUACCUGCAAUUGGUGGGAUUCUUUUCUUUUUCGUGAUGGGGACCCUGCUGCGUACUAGUUUCAGUGAUCCUGGUGUCCUUCCACGCGCAACACCAGAUGAAGCAGCAGAUCUAGAGAGACAAAUAGGUAACACUGAAGAUAUUGCAAAUGGCUCCAGUUCAGGAGGAUACCGUCCCCCUCCCAGAACAAAAGAAGUGAUCAUCAAUGGACAGACAGUGAAAUUAAAAUACUGUUUUACUUGCAAGAUUUUCCGCCCACCUCGUGCCUCACAUUGCAGCCUUUGUGAUAACUGCGUAGAACGGUUUGAUCACCACUGUCCCUGGGUAGGCAACUGUGUGGGGAAAAGAAACUACAGAUUUUUUUAUAUGUUUAUUUUAUCUCUGUCCUUUCUGACAGUCUUUAUAUUUGCAUUCGUUAUCACCCACGUCAUCCUUCGUUCUCAACAAACAGGGUUCCUCAAUGCCCUGAAGGACAGUCCUGCAAGUGUGCUGGAAGCUGUGGUGUGUUUUUUCUCAGUAUGGUCCAUUGUUGGCCUCUCAGGUUUUCACACGUAUUUGAUCAGCUCCAAUCAAACAACAAAUGAGGAUAUUAAAGGAUCGUGGUCAAAUAAAAGAGGUAAAGAAAACUAUAAUCCAUACAGUUAUGGCAACAUCUUUACUAAUUGCUGUGCUGCACUCUGUGGGCCCCUCUCUCCAAGCUUAAUUGACAGAAGAGGAUUUAUACAACCAGAUACACCGCAAUUAGCAGGACCAUCAAAUGGCAUUACUAUGUACGGGGCCACACAAUCUCAGAGCAACAUGUGUGACCAAGAUCAGUGCAUUCAGAGCACUAAAUUCGUUUUGCAGGCCGCUGCCACCCCCCUGCUACAGAGUGAGCCAAGCAUAACUAGUGAAGAGCUACCUUUACCAGGAAAGACUACUAUCAGUGGGCCUUGUGCAAGUCUAACUCUAGGGCAACCAACACCACCAUCUUCUAUGCCAAAUCUCACAUCAGAUACAGGUUUGACAGACAUGAUACCAUUAAAAGAGGAACACGAAGGUCAUCAGUUUCUCACUCCUGAAGAAGCUCCGUCACCCCCUGGGAUGCUGCCAAGCGGAAGUCCUAUUACACACAGCCAUACAAUGCACAUCCUGAGUCUAGCCAGCCAGGAUUCAUUGCAUGAAGACUCAGUACGUGGUCUCGUGAAGCUUAGCUCAGUUUGAACAGCUUUUUUGAACAUUGCACCGUUUCUUGGUGUCUAUACAAAUCUCUACUUAACAGGAAUGACACUGCAGUACCACUUUAAGACUUCGUAACAUGCCUAUAAUGGAAACUUUAACGCGUAAUGGAGUCUACUAAAAAGACAAGUUAUUUUUUCAAUGGAGCUAUGGCAUUUUUUUGACCAGAUUGUUAAUGGUUGUGCUUUGAUGGUGACUGCAUUUUAUUUUUAAACAAAACCAGAAACGGUCAAUAAUCUUGUUUCCUGAAGCUUGGGGUACAGCAAGUUGGAAGUCAGCCUGUUACAAACACCAUGUACAGUACAAAAGAGAGAGAUUCUUGGAUGUAAGUGUCAUGCUCUGUGUUCUAUGCUCUUGUAAUACACACUUGUUAAGGCUUACCACACUUGUGGCCAGAAUGAUCUGCACUUACAUGUUAUGCUACUAAUAUUUGAGAUAGAAAAUUACCAUUCCAUUUGUUAAUACAAAAAAAAAAAAAAAGACUGCAGAUAUGGAUUUGCAUGCCACGCUACAGUAUGUGUUACAGUGGUGUUGGUAUUAAGAGAAAGUGCUGCUUUUUUAUUUGUGACUUUCAAAGUGCUGUUUCAUUUAAAGACAGUGCAACAAACAAAUUGAUGGACUAUAUUAUUUUUUCAAUUUAUUAAAGUUUAUUUUAAAUUAAUCAGUGGUGCCUAGAAGAUGGAGAAUUACUGAUUUGAUCAUGUUGCAUAUCAUUUAGCCUUCUGUUUAAGUGUUUAGAGUGAAGUAUUGUGUUGUGCCAUACCACGAGAUUCUUCCACUCCCUAAUGUGAUACAGUUACCUGUGGACCUCCAAUAAAAUGACAUCCUCUAUUUCUUGGA